AACAAAAACAUGUGUAACCCGUCAUCCACAUAAAAGCUAUGGAGCCACCUCCACAAACUGAUCCACAGCUCCACACAUUUUUCGACCCUUUUCGAGAGUUUCCGUUUCGUAGGUUAGGUCAUGGCUACCCAAUGGCGGAGGCGCUGAAGCAUUGUGCGACUGAUGAGGCGGUGAACUUUGCCUAUGGGAUGGGGACUCUCUACUUCUUCACGCAUGCUCUGUGGCACAGCUACGCCUCUUACAAAGAUGGGGACAGUCUCGUCGCUUUCUUCGACACUCUCGUCUUCGAUGGGUUCGCUUCAGACAUCCUACCCUCGUUUGUUGUCUACCACAUGUGCAGGCUAACCGCCAAUUGUGUCACAGAGAACGGAUACGUCCCUUCGGCAUCUCCGUUCUUUGUCGGGCUGAUCAUGUUGGAGAUGGUGUGGAAGCCAAUAGAUAAGUUUGUUGACAGCGUCAUGGACGCCACCAUAAGGAACGCCUACUGAAAAGUUUUGCGCAGUCAUCUCCCCUGUUUCUUGACAAAAUGGACGCCAUUAUAAGCAACGCCUACUGAACAGUUUACCGUAGUUAACUCUCCUGUUUGUUUACUACAUAGACGCCACCAUAAGGAACGCCUACUGAAAAGUUUUCCGCAGUCAUAUCCCUUGUUUCUUGACAAAAUGGACGCCAUUAUAAGGAACGGCUACUGUAUAACAUAAGGAACGCCUACUGGACAGUUUGCCGUGGUUAACUCCUCUCCUGUUUGUUGACAAAAUAGACGCCACCAUAAGGAACGCCUACUGAAUAGUUUUCCAGUCAUCUUCCCUGUUUCUUGUAGUUAGCUCCCCUCUUUAAAAUAAAUACAAU